AUGAGUAAAUUGGGUGAGAAUAAGACAACUACCUGUUCAACAACAUACUGGCUACUGUCUGCAUUGCAGAUUCCAGUAUCAGUACUAGUGACAUUCUAUGAGGCAGUUGGAUUGUACAAGGGAGAGAAAGUGAUUGCAUCUUUAGGGGAAAAGGGUGCAAACUGGACUGUCCAUAAACUAGUUUUCUUUGCACUUGUUGGCGUAUUUGCCGGUAUGGUUGGUGGAUUACUAGGUAUGGGUGGUGGAUUCAUUAUGGGUCCUCUCUUCUUGCAGCUUGGAAUUCCUCCACAGGUUUCAACCGCAACAGCUACUUUUUCCAUGACCUUUUCUUCAUCCAUGUCUGUUGUCGAGUACCAUCUCCUCAAGCCUCUCUACUUCCUAGGAGUGGCAACUCUAGCUGCAUUAGUAGGUCAACAUGUAGUGAAAAAGGUUAUAUCGGUAUUAGGAAGAGCAUCUCUCAUCAUCUUCAUUCUCGUCUUCACAAUCUUCAUUAGCGCAAUCUUACUAGGUGGAGUUGGCAUCGCAAACAUGGCCAAUACGAUUGAGCAUAACGAGUACAUGGGUUUUGAGGAUUUAUGCACAUGA